AUGGAAGUUCAGAUUUAUCACUUGGUAGCCCUUUUCUCUUUGUUCCUCUCCAUCAUUGCCGCACUCAAACAAAACAAUGCCAAGAAAACCCACAAAAUUCCAAAUAUACCCCCAUCACCAUGGAAGCUACCUAUCAUAGGAAACAUGCUCAACCUUGUUGGUUCUGCACCACAUAGAAAACUAAGAGACUUAGCACAAAAAUAUGGACCUUUAAUGCAUCUUCAACUUGGUGAAAUCUUUUUCAUUGUUGUUUCUUCACCAGCGUAUGCUAGAGAGAUACUGAAAACUCAUGAUGCGAAUUUCGCAUCACGGCCGUACUCUCUAGCAUCAGAUGUGGUGUUCUAUGGUUCCACGAACAUAGCAUUUUCGCCAUAUGGCGAAUACUGGAGACUGAUACGUAAGAUAUGUACUACGGAAAUUUUAAGCGCGAAACGCGUUCAAUCACAGUUGCCAACGAAAGAGGUCAACAACCUCAUCAAAGGGAUUACUUCCAAGGAAGGAUCCGUUAUCAAUCUUAGUCAAAAAAUUAUAUCAUUGAUGUUUUCUAUUACUUCGAUGGCCGCAUUUGGCAAGAAGUACAAUGAACCAGAAGAGUUCAUUAAAGUUGUUAGAGAGGUUUUGAAGCUGGCUGGAGGUUUUUACAUUGGAUACUUGUUUCCAUCGGCUAAAUGGAUUCAGAACCUCACUGGGAUGAGGCCAAAGCUUGAGGAUUUGCAUUGGAGAGUUGAUAGGAUACUACAGAUCAUCAUCGAUGAUCAUAGACAAUCAAGAACUGAUAAAGAAGUGGAGGAUCUUGUUGAUGUUCUGUUGAAAUUUGAGGGGAAUAGUAGUGAUGUGGAUCUUCCCUUAACAAACAACAAUAUCAAGGCUAUAAUCUUUGAUGUCUUCACCGGCGGAAGUGACACAGCAGCAACUACCAUUAACUGGGCGAUGGCUGAGAUGAUGAAGAAUCCAAAAAUAUUGAAGAAAGCAGAAUCCGAAGUGAGAGAGGUAUUAGAUACAAGAGUAGGAGCGAAGUUUAUUGAUGAAACUUGCAUUGAAGAAAUGAAAUACUUGAAAGCAGUUAUCAAAGAGACUUUGAGAUUACACCCUGCCGGUCCCCUUUUGCUUCCGCGCGAAUGCGGACAAGCUUGCGAAAUCAAUGGAUAUCACAUACCAACCAAAAGCAAGAUGGUAAUCAAUGCAUGGGCCAUUGCAACAGAUCCUAACUACUGGACUGAACCGGAGAGGUUUUUUCCUGAGAGGUUUAUUGAUAGCUCAAUUGAUUUCAAAGGAAACAAUUUUGAGUUCAUUCCGUUUGGUGCUGGACGAAGAAUUUGCCCCGGAAUGAACUAUGGUGUUGCAAGUGUUGAGUUAAUCCUUGCAUUGCUGUUGUAUCACUUUGAUUGGAAGCUUCCUAGUGGGAUUAAAAGUGAGGAUUUGGAUAUGUCUGAGUUAUUUGGAGCAUCUGUUGUAAAAAAAUCUGACUUGUUCUUGAUUCCUGUGGUUUCUCGUUCUGUGAUCUAA